CGAGAAUACGGAGAGAACUGCCAGUGUAUGGGGGAUCAAGAGUGAACACAGAUUCCUGCGACUCUGAACCGCUAACUUCGGAUAUCUUCGGUCAGAAUAACCUAUUCGUGAAUACCCGAGCGUCCUCGAGUCGUCGGAAAUUUCGAUUACAUCCAUACGCCGAGAGGGCAAGAGUGUUUUGGGAAAAUCGCUAAAAUGUUGUCAUUUUUGUCACAUAUGUCGCUGAUCUGUUUUCUGUGUAUAUUGUCAUCAGGUUUCUUAUGUUAUGCCGAACUAACUCUGACCAUCGACAACGACAAGACAGGUUUUAUUGGCCAAUCAGAUAUUACGUUAUAUUGUGAAUUUAGCGGUGCCCCGGAGGCUGGCGAAGGUUUUGUGGUUGAUUGGUACAAAGCGGACGAGUUGUUAGAAGGCGGUUGGGACCAGCUUGCUAGAGGUGGCGAAGGAACUGGCGUGGUUCCUAUGGUCUCCGAGGACAACAAGUACGUAAUAAUAAAUACAGCGUCUCUGAAGAUUUUGUCGUUGGACGAGGACGACGCGGGCGUAUACAGAUGCACUGUGACGGUUCUGUCUCCGCUCCAGACAGCUUCUGAGGAAGUCGCGCUUGACGUCGUAGAUGGCAGCAUGUAUCCUCAUGAUGACGGUAGUCAAGAACAAGCAUCAAACACAACGGUCGUAGAUGGCGCUGUUCACAUUUCGACGAACAUCUUUUACGUCACUGCAGCGAUUCUGUUUAGUAUAUUUGGAUUUUUUGCAUCGUAGUGACUAGUUGAAGGCAGUGUAUAUUUAUAAAGGACUACUACACAAAGGAGUUAUACCACCGUUUAUGGAUAUACCAUGACACUUUUAAUUUAAAUAAGUUUAUAAGCUACAGGGUCGAUAACAAACUCGAAAUGACUUUAUUAUUAUCUGUUGAACGCGAACGCAAUGAACUUGAAAGAAUACAUAAAAUAUUCGUGGUUAAUUCGAAGCAUAUACAUACAAGGCAGAAUUUUAUACAUCGAAACAAGACCUGUCAACAAGCUGCUCUCUGAUUGGUCUCAAUAUUCGGUUUUAGGGUUGGUUAACCAAUCAGGUAGCUUCGCAUUGGCUCAGAAUUCGUAUCGGUGUUAACACCGCCCUCAAGCAGAAAAGGACUUGUCAACAAGCUGCUCUCUGAUUGGUCUGACUAUUCGGUUUUAGGGUUGGUUAACCAAUCAGGUAGCUUCGCAUUGGCUCAGAAUGCGUAUCGGUGUGAACAUCGCCCUUAAGCAGAAAAGGGCGUACGUGUCAACGAAAGGAUUGGUACACGGUCGUUUAUGUUAAACGGCUGCUGCAAUUUCAAACCAUGUCAGAUUUGCCUUCACAUAACUUCUGGAAGGAAUACCUGUUUGUGUCAGCUAUAUUUUUACGUGUCGGGGCUCAGGUUUUCUAAGAUGAUUUUAAACCGUCAAGGGAAAGCAUUUUACCGUUGAUGGCGCUAUACAAAGCGAUUAGUAUAGGAAUGCAAAUUUAUUAUAAAUAUUUAUAAAUUUUUUAUCAAGCUACAUCAAAAUCAUAAGAAGAAAGUUUCUUUAGUUGAACCAGACCUUUACUCAAUCAAGACCGAUUUACUCAGAGCAUAGGUCUCAUCAUCACCACAAUGACAAUUAAAACCCUUCAAACUAAUCUUUUGGAGAUAUAUUUUUCGAAUAUUACAAGUAAUGGUAAUAUUGUCACUACAGUUUGGUACCUAAUAUUUAAAAUGUUAAAUAUAUCCAUGCAGGGGAAUUGUCACGAUGGGUCAAAGGUCACAUUCAACGUGAAAUGCUGGCGGUAUUCAUCCGCGGUAAUCAUCUAUGCUGUGGUCUGUGAUUGGUUAAAUUUGUUGUUUACCAUCAUUUGAAAUGUAUGAAACAUUUAUGAAUACUUUAUAUAAAAAAAUCACGCCUAUUCUAAACGCUAAUUUGAUUUUGUAAAUAACAUUGAUGUUUAUUUGUUCGUAAUUUCUUUAUUCAAUUUUUAGAUUGGUUGAUUUGUAAGCUUCUCGCUAACAGUUAUUUCAAUAUCAAAAUUCCCAUAGAUAUUCGUCUCUUACAGAAAGUACCAGGAUGUGUGGGUCUAAAUAAAUACCAGGAUGUAUGAGCUGUAUGGGUCUAAAUAAGUACCAGGGUGUGCGACCCUUAGGGGUCAAAAUAAGUACCAGGAUGUGUGACCUUUAGAGGUCAUAAAUAAGUACCAGGAUGUGUGACCUUUAGAGGUCAUAAAUAAGUACCAGGAUGUGCGACCCUUAGGGGUUAUA